CACACACACACACACACACACACGAGAGCGCACGCACACGCACGAGUUCUGUAGCUGUUCCCAAACUGUUUACAAUGUCCACAUGCAAUGUUUCACGUCCAAUCAACCGCUCUGGAGGAAAUUUCAGUCAUUUGAGAACAACUUGGUCUCAAACAAGGAGAGAGAAAACACGCCCUCGAUUGUCAGAUUGACUGAACUCGGGGCAGAUUGUCGAGAUCCUGGACUACAUCAGUGUGUAGGGGGAAGAUCGGAGACAUACUGAGUCACAUCCAGUGUAUCAGAUUGGCAGAUCGGGCAGAUACCGUGGCAGAUAAGGGCAGAUAACUGGACUGAUACCGGUAGGUGUGUUGCGCUGCGGUUUGGACACCGACUCCUCGCAGAUCAGUGCGACAGAUUGCAUUGAUAUAACGGAUCGGUGUGUUGUGGUGCAUUUUGGCAUCGGAUGUGCCUGUAUGGUGUGAGACUCACUACUCUCACACGGUCUUAUUUCACCCUGAAUCAUGGCCGAUAUCUCGGCUCCAUGUCCCGUACCGGAAUCAUUGGUGGUGGACCCGGCGUCGGGGAUCGGGACCGAGAGAGACCGAGAGAUGAACAUUACCGACAGCGUGGAAGGAGAAGGUCUGUUGGAGAGCAGCAUGCGUCUAAAGCCUCACGAAGCUCAGAAUUACAGGAAGAAGGCACUAUGGGUAUCAUGGAUCUCCAUCGUGGUGACGCUCAUCCUGGCAGUGGCGGCCUUCACCGUGUCCUUCAUGCGACACAGCGCGUCGGCCUUUGGAUUUGCUUUUGAUGCCACUCUGGAUGUGCUGACAUCGGUCAUCGUGCUCUGGCGCUACAGUAACGCAGCUGCCGUGCAUUCGGCCCACAGAGAGUACAUAGCAUGUGUGAUACUGGGGGUUAUUUUCAUCCUGUCCUCCAUGUGUAUCCUGGGCAAAGCCAUUCAUGAUCUGUCCACCAAACUACUGCCUGAAGUGGAUGAUUUUCUCUUCAGUGUAUCUAUUGUUAGUGGAAUACUGUGCAUCAUUCUGGCCAUCGUCAAGUUCAUGCUGGGGAGGGUGUUGACCAGCAGAGCUCUGAUUACUGACGGUUUUAACUCUUUGGUUGGAGGUAUCAUGGGCUUUUCCAUCCUAAUCAGCGCGGAGGUAUUUCGCCACGAGCCCACCGUCUGGUUUCUGGAUGGCACCAUUGGGGUUCUGAUAGGCCUCAUUAUUCUAGCUUAUGGAAUAAAGUUGUUAAUUGACAUGGUACCACGAGUAAGACAAACCAGGAACUAUGAGCGCUUCGAGUGAGCGACUCUGAGGAGAAAACGACAUACUCACCUUACAACUUCACCUCCAACACAGAAACGUAUCUUUCCUUAAAUAUUCCAUGCAAGAAUACAUUUUGAGACACCACCUGCAUUUCUGCAGCAGUUACAGGACUAAUUACCACCUACUUACAGUAUCACCACCAAUUUUCAAAUUCAGUCUCGGCACAACACACCUCGGAGUAAAGAGAAGCAAUGACGAAGGCACAGCGGGAGAUGCUUUCUGAUUUUAAUCCAGGUAAAGGAAUCAAGGAACUCAAAGCCAGCCAAUCCUAGUUGCUGGAUCAAAGCCUUGUGAUAGCCUCCAUUGCAAGGUGUGGUGUGUGUAGUGAAGUAUUUGUGAUUAUGAAUGUUUUUUCCUCUGUCACCAUUCGACAAUUAUAUAUGAGAAUAAAUUCAUUGGACUGCUCCAGAUUAGGGAUGCGUUAAUACUGAAAACAACAUCCCAGCAUGUUGUUCUUGAUAAUAAGCCAUUAUCAUGCCUUGAUGAUGAUGAUGAUGAUGAUGAUGAUAGACUUUGCCACAGUGACAUGCAAACUCUACUUGAUCCAAGGCGGAGCUAGCUGAUGCACUUCAUUUUAAAUAAACUCACUAACAUUAAAAAAAAAAGACUGGAAACUUAAGCCAUGAAAAUUCAGACGUCCAUUUUUUCAAACCUACAACUUCAUUUCAAGGGGAAGAUCUAAAGAGCUAGAUAACAUGUUAGAAUGAUUAAUGAUUGAUUAAUUAAUGAUUGAUUAAUGUCCUCGUACCGAGACUGAAAAAUGGUAUCGACGCAUCCCUAUUGUGGAUAAUCCCAAAACAAAGAUCCUAUGUUCUAAUGGAGGUCUUUCCCCUGAGUGUCAUAUUAGAUUAAUUUAAUUUAGCUGUAUCUAACCUUUGCCUCUAACAAAGCCAUGAUCGGUCAGAAAAACUAUGAUACCUUGUUAAAAAUAUCCAUUCAUCAGGAGUCUGCAUAGUAGGGGUCUUCUUGGGUCUAAAGAAAUGUACCCGACUAGAAGUGACCCGAAUCACUUUUUACCCGAACCCGACGUGCAUAAAUAUAUAUAUAAGAAAGACCCGACCCGAGACAAACCUGAAAAAAUUCGACCCGAGUCCGACCUGACCGGUUGGGAUUUUUUUUUAACCCGACUGGACCCGAAUGUUGCAUAACUCUACACUAAAGUAACUGCUAUAGCGUGGAUUCAAAAUUGAUUGACAGGUCUGUUUCAAUGAAAAUUAGCUUACCGCCAGCCACACGUCACCAGCCACAUGUCGCAAGUGGUCUUGGCAAACAGAGGAGAGGUUGGAAAAGGACUCGAGUCGAUGCACACACACGAGAUACAGUAGUUCGGGUCUUCUCGGGGCUGUUCGUUAAAAACACAGGAACCCGCUCAGGUCUCAUGUCAGACCUCGGGUUUUCAGAUCUAAGUUGACCCGUGAAGACCUCUACUGCAUAAUAAAUAAGAAUAGAAGCUCUAGAUAGCUCCAGGGUCCUUAUUCCUAAUAUGAGCCUAAAGGGAACAAUAUGUUCAGCAUAAAUCCUGAGUUAUGUUUUUGUCAUUUAUGAACCCCUAAACCAAGGAGGUGUGAUUUAUAGCGGCGUUGCUAGCUCUAGCACUGCUCCGUCACAUGCUUUGUGUUGUCAAGUUGUCAGAUAUCUUGCAGCAUUAUAGCAGGGAGCCAACGUCAACAAACACGAUGACAUGAUCGGUGAGAAGUAAGGGUAGCUCACUUUGCGGAAUAUGUAUAUUUGUGUCUUUGGACUAUAUUUAGCGGGAACAACUAUUUCAACCAACAAUGCAUAUACAAUUCUAUAUAUACACACACGGUGCAAAAGGCUUUGGCAUGUGUUAAAAAAUGUGCAGAGAGCGUAAUGGGUCCACUGGUGCUGAUGAAACAAGACUUAAAUGAAAAGCCUGAACAAUAAAUCAUCCAAGAACUUGAAGAUAUGUUUCUUCAGAUGUAAAUAAGCGAGGCGCUCAAUUUGUAGCGGACAUGAAUCAUUUUAAAAACAAUUGAGUCACUUAUUUUUAAAUUCAGUAUGUUCAAUGUCACUUUCUGCUCUUUUUAAUGAAGCACAAGUCUCUGAAACCUCCGACUGCAGUAUUGACGUUUCCUCAGCGAUACGAACCUAAUUAAAUGGACUGUUUUUAAUUAAUUAAACAUCAUCCGUAAAACACAAACAUAUUUAUGUUCAAGCAGAAAGAAAAUUGGCAUUGGUUAGCAUUUGAACCGUAGGUUUUAGCUAAGGUCAAUUUAAAACGAUAAAACAGCAUAGCUUUAAUAUUUAAAUUAUAUCGUCUGUUCUAGAUCACGGUUUUUCCAUUUUUUUUAAUGACAUCUACGUUAAUUAGUUACAGUUACAGUUCUUACAGGUUCCCAAUGUUGUUGUUAAAUAAAAAAAGAGCACACUGCCUAAGCAAGCACACUGCACAUUAUGGGCCGAGUACAAGUUUAUUCCAAGCCUCAUCAUUUUUUAUACAUAUUAAAGAUUACACGCAACGCAGAGUUCACAAAUGGUUUUUAUGGGAAUCAGUAAGUCCAUUAAGUUUGAUUAAAGUACAUAUUUAACAUUAAGUUACGCGUUAAUUCACAGUUAAAUGUAAACUUUUUUGCUUUUUAUAAUAGAGAUAAUGAAUUUGAUUUUCACCCCACCUAACAGCCAAGGGCACAGAGAAUAAUCUGGAUUCCUUAUUGUUCACAAGAAAACGUACCCCGAGACCUUUCAACAAAGUCACGUGGUAACGCAUGGCACAGUACUUUUCAAUAAGUACCGAUAAAUUAUAUUUUAUAGGACAUUUCAGCUUUCUACAAGUAUACCUGCCCUUAUCACUGCUCCUCACUUUUCAACAGUAUAUGAACUUUGUAGUGUUUUUCACUCCACUCAUUCAAAAUUACCUGGAUUUCCAAUGCACGAUUCAGCUCUUGGUUUGGAGCCAGUUUUUUCUCCGUACUAUGUAACUCUCUUCCACUUUUUCAAGCUCCAUCAAGUAGUUACUCUAACAAACCAUGCUGCAAGACUCUUGCUCGAGUAACUUGUGUCUGAACCCCUUGGAAGCUGCUUUCCCACAAGCAUCAGCAGGUCCUAACUCGGAUAUCUUCUUAGCUAACUGCUGGGUAAUGCUGAUGCUGAUGAUAUGCUCAACUGACCCCCAACAAGAUCUGGUGUUUACCGAUGACCAUAACCUAUUAGAGGCCUGCCUUUACCCCGAUGGCUGGUCAUCUGCUCUUGUCAUCAUCUCAAGGAGUGUAAAGCUGCUAUGCCUACAGCUGUGUCAAGGAAAUUGUUCCAGGCCGAUAAUUACUGCACUGAUGAAUUACUGCCUAACUGGAGAUUUGGACAGACGGCUUAUUCAAACUUAUAGGUAACAGUUCUAGAUCCAGUUCUAGAUCAUGAGCAGGUAGCAUUGGGCAUCCUGCAUUGCUGCUGUUCUUUUCAGAGAAAGAAAUAUGCACAGACAUGUGCUGUCAAAGCAUUGCACAAAUACUAGUAUUAUAUUCUACAGAAGCCAAGCAUGCUUUAAAGGAGCUGACAGACCCAUUGACCCUAGUAUGCAAAAUAACGCCACCAACCCGCUUUGUGCAUCGCAUCAAGUGUGGCUAGGACAAUUUGUUCUGGAUAUUGUAGAACUCAACCCUGUAAACAUUGCCCUCCAUACCACCAAAGAAGCCCUGGACACAGAAUGAUGAAUGGACCUUUUGCCACUUUUAGGUCACUGUAACCUGGUUCUGUGUUACAAGGGUGUGGUUUGACUUACACAAGCUUUAAGCAUGGAGAUUCACGCUCUCAUGACCCUUCAAGGCAUCCGAGUGCCCCGCCAGUUUGAACCCCUCAUGAUACUUUACAGCUCUUGAUCUCAUCUCAGUAGGAGGCCACAUACUUUUUUGGCAUGAUGUUGGCCAUCCCUUCCUCAGACAAACAGCUGAACAUUACCAAGAGGCAAAACACUCCAGGAAUUCUGUGUUGCUGAUACCCGAACAGCACUGCUAACAGUAUAGGAGUCCUAAUGUGUGUCCUAUUUUGGCAUAUGAUAUUCGUGUGACUCUUAAUCAGGAUGGUGGUUAGGAUGGGUGAAACAACAAUAAUUACAUAUGCAGCUGUGGUUCUGUAAACCACCAGGUGCCAAUCUGAAUAAUGAAGAACUCAAUGAGAAGGUUUCAGAGAAUUCUGUCUGUCAUACCAAAAUAUUUCCCUAGUGAAGGUUCCUCAAUGUUCUUACAACCACAGUUACACAUCUAGUGCUUAAUAAUAUGCUUUCCACACGACACAUAAUGCAUGAUCACCAGAAUAAUUGAUAAUCUGAUGUUAUGGAUACCACUCAAUAAUCUAAGAUGUUAUGUCAUGAUGUAACUUGUAUUGAGUAUGAUCUGCUCACAGCUUGACAUCUCAGCUCACCUACAGCACACUGAUAUGUAGCGCCACUACUGUUGGAUGACAAUCAAGGCCAGAUCGUUACGCCUGAUCGCUAACUGUAGCAAAGCUAGAUUUGUUUUUAUGCAUCGUCGAAGUCAUUGGCUUAGCAGCUUAUUUGUAUUUCUUUAUUUAUAUUGUUUGGUUUCUUUUGGACAUGACUAUUUAGCCGGCUUUGAUCAUUGACCUCACAGAAUUUAUUGUGUUGAUCAAAUAGGCUGUGAUGUAAUGUACUAUAUAAUGCACCAUCACAAAAGUCAUAGUGUUUACAUCAUUGUUGCUGAUUAGCCCACCACUGAAACUUGUCAAAAAAAAAAUGUAAUCUUUUGUACUUGUAUGGUAGUUGAAUUAUUGUUGCAUACUUUUCUUGUGGGAUUUUUUUGCUUAGCUUUUUUGUUUUGUUUUUAAAUCAUUAGGAUGAUCAUCGGAUGUACGCCCAACAUACCCUUCUUGACUACUGAUGUUAUAACCGCAAUGCCUGAGUGAUUCAAUGUAUAAAUCAUAUAAAUUUACUAUUAAUUUAUGAAUUGAUGUUAACUUAUUUAAUUUUGCUUGUGGAUGUUACUGUACCCAAUAUUUUGUUGUCUCUUUGUUUCAUACAACUCUAUGUAAAGUUAGUAAAGCUAACAUCGACACUAAACUUGAGCACAUGUUAUACUGUAUGUAGUGUAAUGUUAGCCUUGGCUGGUUAUUUAGCAUUAGUCAGUGCUUAGCUUAACGUUUCUGCUUUGGCUUUGCACGGGAAACCAAUGUCCGGUUGUAGAAAUUACAGUGGUACUGCUGAAAUAUGUGCUGUAUAUUAGAAAUCAGCUGACAUACAGUAGAUAGCUUAGUU